AUGGCUGCACAGACUCCAGUCUACCACUACCUAGACAUCGGGAGGUUAGGAAGAGGGGAAGUGGUCCACCUCUUCCUGAGGGAUGCAGGAAUUGCCAUCAAAGAUGUACGCUACAAGUUUGAUGAUACUUGGCCCGCGACAAGCGAGAAGUUGCGCCAACAGGGCAUCACCAGGACUGGAAAGUUGCCCGCCCUUGAAUACAAGGGCACAGUCCUCACUCAGCAUGUCCCCACACUACGUUACCUAGCUCGUGACCUGGGCCGCUACGAUGGCGAGACCAACUUGGAGAAGUACCUCGUCGAUGCUGUCGCGGACGUUUACAUCGACUGGAGGGCCAAGUGGGUAGAGUCACUGUCCGGUGCCAGUGACGAAUACAAGAACGAUUAUGUGCCCAAGUACCAUGACCUUGUGGCGAGCUACUAUUCGGAGCGCGGCGGACCCUACCUGCUUGGCGACAAGGUUACGUACGUCGACUUUGCCAUCUACCAGUCUAUCGACAAUGAACGUAGAACGGGAACCCUUCCAUCGACACUGCCAGAGCCACUGGUCAAGUUGGAGGACGCCUUUAAGCAGAGGCCCAAUAUUGCGGAAUAUCUCAAGGAAUAA